AUGGAGCUUCGUGAACGAGCUGAACGGCUUUUGCGGCCACAUGAACCCACUCCUAUUCCUCCUGUAACAGAAAGCACCCGUCUACUGUCUCGGUCUGAACAGGCAAUGAUGAACCGUCGUUGGCUACGUGGGGCAAUGUGUUUUUUAGCAAUUAUCUGUUAUGGUCUUUCACUUUUUGAAGAGACUGUAAUCACGCACUCCCUUAUUCUCGUUUUUUCCCUCGCCGGUGAGGCUGCCAUCAUUGGAAUUUAUCGUGCCAAGGCACGUGUAUAUGGGAUCACCAACCGAGCUGGUGAUAAACCCACGGUGAAUGUCUUUCAUUCACCUCUUCUUGACAAAAUGCUUCUAGAGAUGCUAAUAUGGAUUAUUCAAACUCCACCCAUUCCUGGUUUAGCGAGGGACAGCUGGUUUAUGUGGCUUGACACCUCCCUCCUCCUUCGUUUCUACGUGGUAGUAAUGUAUGCGACGAAUGCCACGCAGGGUUCCAGCUUUGCUCGUGGGGUGGCAUCUGUUGUAAAGGCCCGCCUUACCCAUCGCUUCUAUCUGCGGGGCUCGCUGCUCUCUUGGGGUCUGUUGCUUCCUGUGACUGCGCUGGUGGGCGGGCUGCUGCUGCUGGGCACCUUCAUUGCGCGGGUGGAGGGACUCCCUUGGGUGGACGCCGUUCAUCUCACCGUUGGCAGCGCCUCCCUCGUCGGCCUCGGCGAUGUGACCCCCGUAACGGCGGCCGGGCGGACUGCGGCGGUGGCGGCGUGGCUUCUCGGCCUUCUCGCCCUCGUGGGGGUCAUCGGGGCCGCCGCGACCACCACACGUCUCGGGCCCGCCGGACGACAUCUGCACGCUCUUUUCCGCAGCAACGCCAUCCGCGCCAGACUGCCACCUCACGCCGCAAAGGUCCUCCAGCGGGCAUGGAGAUUACAUGCCGCAAGGCGGGCACGGAAAGGAGUCAUUACACGACAAAUCGCCGCCUAUUUACUCUCGCAGCAGGUCAUCACGUUUAGGGACAUGCGGCGUGAGCUGAGGCAUUUUGAAGCAAUUUUCCUCCAUUCCAUCCGAACUGUAGAGGAUUACAUGAACCCCACACCACGUAGCUCACCCGGGGUCACACCGCAAACCUCCCGUCCAAUUUCCCCCGUCAGUACACCGCGAGCACGUCAAGGACUUUCAUCAUUUCAGGAAUUCCAUGGGAAGGCAGACAGGCACAUGAGUUUGACAACGACGCCAAAGACACCCCGGAUGCAGCAUCAACAAAAACAACAAGCGACUGUUGCUGAUGCUACUCCUACUGCUACUGCUACUGGGACCAGGCGGUCUUUGACAGAUUUGGAGCAGAUGCUUUCGAGGUUAGAGGGUUCACUAGAUACUCUAAAAAUCCAUACCGAACGGCUUCAGAGUCGCCUAGGGAGCAGGAAUACCAUAUCGGUGUGA